GCUACAGUAGAGCAGUCCAGCAGCAGGGAAGUCAAGUCAGCAGUCACGAACCGAAAGAAAGACUCAACCCCAACCAAAAAUCCAUUCACAGGUGUUGAUUGGAAUUUAAUUUCUUAAUUCUGUCACAUUUUAGUUAAUUAAUUAAACAAUAUUGACGAAAUCAGCCAAAAUCUCGCAUUAUUACCUCAAUAAUUCCAUUAAUAAACUAAACUACAAAGAUGAGUGCUUUCACUGGAAUUCUGCGACGAGAAUUUCCCGCAAUGGACGAUGAGUUGAAAGACUACGUCGAGGGUGUGCUGUGCGGCAGCCUGGACGAUUUCGAAAGCUGUGAUGAUAUCUACGAAGCAGUUGGAGACAUUUUGCAGAGCAUAAAUGCAGAAAAAACUGAAGACAAUAUCAGAGAUCUUUGCCAUCAGUUCUUCAAUAUCAUCAAAUUGAAAUCCUCCCAUGAAACGAAGAAGGUACUUAAUGCCCCGGUGAACAUAGCUGAAAUGGCAGCCACCAUGGAAGCCACCGACAAGGACGUUCAAAGUAUAUGGGUCGUCAACAAGGAUGCCGGAAAUAAAGUCGACACAAAAAAAUUGGAGAAGGCCGAAGCCAAAUUGCAGCAAAAACUGGAAAAGAGAUUAGACAACAGAACUGUCCAGCCAACUCAGGUCAAAUUGCAGACAGCAACGGCGUCGCAGGUUAUCAGCAAAAAGAGCAAUAAAAUGGAACAGAAAGGCACCAACCGUUCUAUGGAUAUCAAAAUCGAAAACUUUGAUUUAGCUUUUGGCGAUAAAGUUCUCCUUCAGAAUGCCGACAUUCUGCUUUCAUUUGGCAGGAGGUAUGGUUUGGUUGGCCGUAAUGGUCUGGGUAAAACCACUCUAUUGCGUAUGAUAUCUGACCGCCAAUUGGCCAUUCCAAGUCAUAUUUCGGUACUGCACGUCGAGCAGGAAGUAGUUGGUGACGACACUCCGGCAGUGGACAGUGUGCUUGAAUGCGACUUCGAACGUACCAGGUUGCUGAAGAGAGAGAAGGAAAUCCUCGCCGAGCUGAACAAUGGAACUCAGGAUGCGGGACUAAGUGCGGAAUUAAGUGAAGUCUACAUUCAGUUGCAAAACAUCGAGGCUGACAAAGCCGUUUCCAAGGCAUCGGUUAUCCUCAAGGGUUUGGGCUUCACCACUGAAAUGCAAAGUAAUCCUACAAAGUCAUUCUCUGGUGGCUGGAGAAUGAGGCUGGCUCUGGCUCGUGCUCUGUUUUCUCGACCAGACCUCUUGUUACUUGAUGAACCGACUAACAUGUUGGACAUUAAGGCGAUUAUCUGGCUUGAGAAUUAUCUACAAACGUGGCCGACGACUCUGCUUGUAGUUUCUCACGAUCGUAACUUCCUAGAUGUUGUGCCAACGGACAUAAUUCAUUUGCAUUCCCAAAUUCUUGAUGUUUAUAAGGGCAACUAUGAGCAAUUUGAAAAAACUAAAAACGAAAAGUUGAAGGCACAGAGAAGGGAGUACGAAGCUCAAAUGGCACACAGGUCCCAUGUUCAAGAGUUUAUUGACAGAUUCCGUUACAACGCCAACAGAGCUUCUUCGGUACAAUCCAAAAUUAAAAUGCUUGAAAAACUACCUGAGUUGAAACCCGUCGAAAAAGAGGUAGAAGUUAAGCUGAAAUUCCCAGAAGUUGAUCCACUUAAUCCGCCCGUCUUGGCUAUGUCCGAUAUCCAAUUUCGUUACAAUGAAAACGAUGCUCUUCCAGUUUUUUCAAACGUUAAUCUGUCUGCAAACUCCGAUUCCCGAAUUUGUAUUGUGGGCGAAAACGGUGCUGGUAAAUCAACGCUCUUGAAGAUAAUUGUCGGUCAGUUGAGUACGAUCCAUGGAAACAUUGUUAUGCAUAGGGGUCUGAGAAUAGGCUACUUCGCUCAACAUCACGUCGAUCACUUGAAUAUGAAUGUUACAUGCGUUGGUGUGUUGGAAGAACUUUUCCCAGGAAAACCAGAUGAAGAAUAUCGAAGACAACUCGGUAGUUUUGGAAUUUCCGGUACCUUGGCCCUGCAGAGCAUAGCAAGUUUGUCUGGAGGUCAAAAAUCUAGAGUUGCUCUCGCAAAAAUGUGCAUGGCUCAACCAAACUUCCUGGUCCUUGAUGAACCUACAAAUCAUUUGGACAUUGAGACAAUUGAUGCCCUUGGAAAAGCUAUUAAUACAUUUGCGGGUGGAGUUAUUUUAGUUUCCCACGACGAAAGAUUAAUUAAAGUUGUUUGCAAAGAGCUUUGGGUAUGCGGCAAUCGAACUGUCCGAGCCAUUGAAGGAGGUCUAGACGAAUACAAACGUGAGGUGUACAAGGAGAUUGAGGAGAACAGCUAAAGCUUUAAUUUAAUUUCACAAAAUAUCAUGAUAUUAUACAAAAACGCCCUCAGACACUUACAAGUUAUAAGAAAUCAGGUCUGUUAAAAACCUAAAUUCUUAACGAACAACAUGGUGACAAAAAACAAAUAACAAAAAUAUACCUUUAUAUCCCAAAGGAAAAA